AUGAAUCAAAACAACAACAACAACAACAAACGAGGCUAUGCCAUUGAAGAUGGUGUCCAAGCCCAAAAGAAACCCAAGCCCGAUCUUGCUGGCCAGGGAGGAAAUACCAGUAGCCGGGAAUGUUGUGAGUGCAAUAUCAUAAAGUGCCGGGGUGACUUUAGUAAGAAGCAGUGGAAAAAAGGGAACAACGCUAUUACCUGCAACGAUUGCAAUAGUCGCGCUUUCUGUGGAACACCCAAGGGCAAGGCCCCCAAACCCACAUUUUGCUGCCAAAGUUGCAAAGUCGCCAAGACCAUCCAAGGGUAUGCAAAUGAUCAAAGGCAGGCCUUUAGAAUGAGUGGUAAAAACGUACAGAAUAUUGGUACUGACAACAAGGACUGCCCCAUUUGCAUCGAAUGCAUCAUCAAGAUGCCCAGAGUAUGCAAAAGGUGCAAGGAAACAAAACCUGUGGCAGAGUUUUCGAAAUGUCAACAAAUUCUCCCGCGCGAACUGACCGCAUACAAUCAUCAGAGUUUGACCAUUAAGAAGUACAAGUCCAUGGACAUGGCACUCAGUGAGAGUAUCAAACCGGAAAGCUUGGUGGGCACCUAUGACGUUAUUUACCAUCAUGGAUCCUGCGAUGAAUUCACUGAAAAUCGAACCACCAAAGGAACCUGCAAGUUCUGGUUGACGACCAACGAAGAAAAAGCUUCCAAUCGAUUCCGCAAGGAGGAUGACGAGGAUAAUGAGGACUUCGAGGACGACGUUGUUUCUGGUUUGGUUCAGUUUGAGAAGGAACUCCAACUGAAAGACGAUUAUAUCUUUCAGAAGGACUACACUGUGGGAUCUGCUAAUGGUACAGACUUUACAACCAGUCUUGUUGAUGAGGAAGGCCGUGACCAGGUUGAGUGUAGCAUGGACGAUGAACCCAUCAUGUCUGACUUGUCUCAAGUUGUCACCCGAGUCGCUUGUCCAUGGAUGAAACAUGAAAUGAAAGAUAACGACACCGAGGAAGGUGACAUUGCCAAGUUUGAGACUCUCAAAGAAGCUGAGACUUUGAUGGAGCAGCAUGAAGAAAAUGGCCACUCCAAGAAUCACAACAUAAGACCAGUGUUUUUCCUGGAGCCAGGAGAUCUAGUCCUUCAAUCCUCGUGGGGCAGCGAUGGUUUUUGUGAAUCGGUACAUACCAUUUCGAUUCUCCGUGCUCGCAAAGCAAACUAA